UAAAAUGAAAGACGAUCCAAAUGCAGGGAGGAAUCAAAUUGAGGGGGAUGGUGGCGCAGGGUUUUAGGGACAUGUCAUUUCCGAUCGAUCGCCCUGCUACUAAAGCUUGGACACCUGCGGCAGAUCUGAGAUGCUCUGCAACUUCCGAGGGAAUCAACUGGCUGGUAAGGGGUACGCACUCCUCGGUGACCGGCGACGGGGUUGUCGCCAUCUUAGGCUUAGGCAGAGUAAUCUUUGGUGAUGGGAGAUUGGAUGCAAAUCAAGGUUCGAUUCAGACACCCAUGCAGGACGGUGUCCAUCGCAGCAUAAGCAUUAGGCGUCUUGCAGCACAUCAUUUGGAGCCAGCCAGACAAAUUGGAGUUCUAGGCCAGAACAAUACUAGAAAUGCAAAGGGAAUAUCCGACCGCGUCAAAGAGAUCUGCGACAGAGGGAUUCAACAAAGAGGCAGGCUGAUAUGAAGCUUCCAACGGUGGAUAUUGAUGGCCAGAAUGGUUCCAUAUCAGAUUUGAUUCGAACGGAAAAUGAUGAGUUUGAUAUUUAAUUUGAAAGUAAAUGUUUUAACUUCAAAAUUAUUGACUGCACUACUAUUUUCAUUUCUGAAACGAAACAUUAUGGAAUAUCGUCUUUUAUCACUCUCGAUUUAGCUAGGGUUAAUUGGUUGAAGGAUUACAUACUCAAGAUCUUUUUGGGUAGCAAAUUAGGUACUAGUUUGGAGCUGAAUAAAUCCCUAAUUGUUUUUUAUGAUUCUAAUUUCUUUGGAGGAUUUAUCCGGAUAAUUGAGAAAGGUUGUGACUCUCUUUUUAUUCCCGAGGGAUGGAUUGGACGAGGGAUAAAUUUAUUUCUUAUGGGGAUUACAAAAGCAAGUACUUUGAUGAACUUUGUUGUCCCUAAAAAAAUUGAACGUGAUUUGGGUGAUGUCUCUUCAACUUUGUUGAGCCAAUGGGAAGGUUUGAUAGUUUUCAAGAAGCCGCCUUGUGUGGACUUUGGGCUUGUUUGCUCGGAUAAGGGAUCAUCUUCUACAGACACAGAAUCUAUUUCCUCUUUAAUCUUCAAAGAAGAUUUGCAUUAUCUUGGACUUAUUUAUGUAUCGGAUAACAUUUCGGGGAGUGCUGUUGUGAAUAGGGAUACGUCUCAGGGGACAUUUACUUUUGAAACCAAAGAGAUAGAUGUGACAGGUAUUAUUGAAACUACUCCUCUACGAGUUUGUUUUUCACCUGUCAAUAAUGAACCUCUAUUAGCGGAUGGAUUGGUUUCUAUUGAAGUCUUGGAAUAUAAUGCUUCAUGUGAAAAAGAUAUUGAGGUUACGCCUAUUCAGAGGUUGCUUUCUGAUCGUGAGUUACUAGACCGCGUUGCUGACACUGAAUGGGACUCAGCCAGUUCUAGAUUGCUACCUCGAUGGAGUGCUCGUCUCAAUGCUAAAAAGUUGGUUGUCACAUAUAUAGGGUUGCUCUAAUUAACCUAUAGAUUUUUUGGGAUUUCAUCUUUUCCGGGCAACUCAAUACAAUUCUGCGGGGAGCUUAUCGUCUACUUUAGGGCUUUGAAUGGUGGUGGAUUGAUGGGCCCUUUUGAAUAAUUCACUCAUUAGUGAUUCCUUUGUUUCACUAGCUUCUUUGUUUCACUUGCUUUCUUUCACCAUCAUUUUGUACUCUUAAUAAAAUUUUAAUAAAUUUCUGCUUAAAAAAA